UGUCUCAGAGGAGAGUACCACGUUGCAGGUGUAGCAGACUGUCUCAGAGGAGAGUACCACGUUGCAGGUGUAGCAGACUGUCUCAGAGGAGAGUACCACGUUGCAGGUGUAGCAGACUGUCUCAGAGGAGAGUACCACGUUGCAGGUGUAGCAGACUGUCUCAGAGGAGAGUACCACGUUGCAGGUGUAGCAGACUGUCUCAGAGGAGAGUACCACGUUGCAGGUGUAGCAGACUGUCUCAGAGGAGAGUACCACGUUGCAGGUGUAGCAGACUGUCUCAGAGGAGAGUACCACGUUGCAGGUGUAGCAGACUGUCUCAGAGGAGAGUACCACGUUGCAGGUGUAGCAGACUGUCUCAGAGGAGAGUACCACGUUGCAGGUGUAGCAGACUGUCUCAGAGGAGAGUACCGCUUCGAUUUAAUUGGACAGGAAAGGAAAAUUUGAUGGAGAGAGUUCGUUUUGAAAAGGAAGUUCUGUUUGGACCUCUACGCCUGACAGCAGACGAUGUGCACUGCCUGCAACAGAACACACCUGAGAAGUUCUACGAUGUGUCUCUCUACACCAUCACACGGCUGGAGGAAGUAAGAGGGCUCUUCCGUGCGAACGCGACAGCACCCGCCCUCGUGGAUUUUAACGUUGAGUCCAUGUGCAGGCACAAUAUGAGGGUGCUAACGGUGCACAUGUUCAACCCAUGGGUCACUGAAGAAACGUUAGUGUGCUACCUCAGCCGGUAUGUGACCAUCUUGCCUGGAGUGAGAGACAUUAAGGACGCCCUAGGCAUCUGGACAGGGAAGAGGCAGUUUCGUGUGCUGCUAAAGGAGGACGAGACCGGCCAUGAUGGUUACCGCCAUCCUCCCGCUUCUUUUUCCAUCGGCGCAGACAGGGGCUACCUCAUGUAUGCUGGACAGCCUCGUUUCUGCAGGAAGUGUAGCACGUACGGGCACCUCGCGGAUGCCUGCUCGCAGACAAGGUGCAGAAACUGUGGGACUAUUGGACAUACAAUGAGGGAUUGCACCGUGCCCAAGCGCUGCAGUUUGUGCAACUCGGAGGACCACCUGUUCCGCCAUUACGCCAGAGCGGUGAGCGGGAAAAGAGCGCAGAGCGGGAAAAGACCAGAUGAGGGAGAAGGCAUGGAACUACCCGCUAUGGAUGAGGUUGUGGAUGAGCUAGUGAUGGAGAGAGAACUGCGAGAGUCCGAGGAGAGCGGGAGUGAGACGCCAUCAUCAUCUCACGAGGAGAUAGGAGAAGGGGACAGCAGUUGGAAUAAGCAAGUGGAGGAGGAGAAGGGAGAGCCCACCGCGCCCGCGGCUACCGAGAGCUGGACAACGGUGAGAGAGAGGAGAAAGUGCUCGGUGAAAAGGAAGCAGAUGAGCCCUGUUUCCCCACUCAUCCGCAUGGAGGCGACGGAGAAGUCCGCUUUGGGGGGGAAUCGCUUCAGUUGUUUUGAAAGCGGGAAGUCUGAGGAGAAAAGCGAGGGAAACCUGGGCAGUGCAGAGGAGACUCUGCUAUCCCUGUCAGGCGCGGCCUCCAUCGAGAGCAGCGGUCUGGCACCCAGUGGGGUUCCUGCACCCACGCAGAUGGAGGGGGAGCAUGAGGAGGAGGACAGUGUUUUCCCGACCCCUGUCUUGGUGGACAGUCCUCCGACUG